ACACACCACACAUCACACACACACCACACAUAUCACACACACACCCCGAGAUGCAAGCGCUUUCCACAGCAAUGGGGGAGAGGGGGCGGGGCCAGAGCGCAAGGUCGCUGGCGCCUUAACUACACUUCCCAGAAGACUGUGCUACACGCUCGUCCGUGCUAGACGUCAGAGCGGCUCCGGCCCCGAUGCCCUCUGGGAAAUGCAGUCCACCCCUGCGCGGCGCAAAAGAUCCCGGGAGUUGUAGUGCCCGUCCGGUCUGCGCAGGCGCACGUCUGGCGACGGUCGCCCGAGCUCUUUUGUGGCGGCGGCCGUCUUGUGUGAGGUGGGUGAGCUCGUCCGCGCGUCCGGCCGGCCGUCGGUUCGUCAGCCCGUCCGCCCCAGGCCUGUGUGCCGCCUCCGCGACUCCCAGCGCCGGGCGGCAGAGCCCGAGGCCUGGCCGGCCCGCGCGGGCCCGGACAACGUCGGUGACGGGCUGGUGGGGCAAGCGAUGGGGCGAGAGCACAGCCCGGGGCGCGGGGCGCCUGCAGAGCCCGCCUGACCCCGACCCGGGGCGCGGGCCGGCCCCGCGGGGCUGCGCGAGGGUUCUGAGCCCCGGGAGGUGGACCCGCCCCGCCCCCGCCCGGGGCGGCCGCCAAAGGAGGGUGCCAUGGAGGCCUCGGAGCCCCGGGAGGCAGCUCCGUCCUCUCAGGACCCUGUUCUUCCCCUCAAAGAGAUUCCAGAAGAUAAAUUGAGUCAGGGUCUCCUGGAAGGCAGGUCCGAGGAGUUGGUGACUUUCAAGGACGUGGCCGUGGACUUCACCCAGGAGGAGUGGGGACAGCUGGACUCCCCUCAGAGGGCCCUGUACCGGGACGUGAUGCUGGAGAACUACCAGAACCUUCUUGCCCUGGGGCCUCCCGUCUGCAAGCCAGAUGUAAUCUCUCACCUGGAACGAGGCGAGGAGCCAUGGUGGGCGCCUAGAGCUGUCCCUGGAGGGGCUGGUCCAGAUCUCAGCCCUGAGCCCCAGCGCCGCACCUCCGCCUGCUCUCAGAAGGUAGUAUCUCCAUUUCUUACAGAACCAGAAUGGGAGCCGGGGCCUGAGGUGGAGGAGCCAUGGUCUCAGCAGCUGUGCGUUUACAAAGAAGAACCGUCAUGGGAGCUGAUCGCAGGUGGGCUGGCGAGGUCCGGUCUCCACAGCCCCGGUCCUGGUGACAGGGGCGCCCAGGGGGCCCUGGCGACUGCUCUGUCACAAUGUGAGGCCGCCAGCACCAGGGACGGUCCCACAGAGGAGCACCGAUGGGGCCAUGUGGUGUCUGAGGAGGCUCUUGGCCGGAGGUGUGCCCUCCUGGCCCAGCCCAGCCUUCCCGCAGAAGGAGCCUCUCCGGACGGCUGCGUGGGGAGCGUGCAGUCCAGCAGAGUCAGGCAUCGGAGCCCGGGUGCCGGGAGCGGCCCGUUCACGUGUGGCGAGUGCGGCAAGGCCUUCCAGCGAAGCGCGGCCCUGGCACUGCACCGGCGGUGGCACGCGCGAGAGAAGGCCUACAAGUGCGGUGAGUGUGGCAAGGCCUUCACCUGGAGCACCAACCUCCUGGAGCACCGGCGUGUCCACACCGGCGAGAAGCCCUUCCUCUGCGGCCAGUGCGGCAAGGCCUUCAGCUGCCACUCAUCCCUUAACGUGCACCGGCGCGUCCACACGGGCGAGCGGCCCUACAAGUGCGGCGCCUGCGACAAGGCCUUCAGCUGCAGCUCGCUGCUCGGCAUGCACCUGCGUGUCCACACCGGUGAGAGGCCCUACCGGUGCGGCGAGUGCGGCAAGGCCUUCAACCAGCGGACACACCUGACGCGGCACCGCCGGAUCCACACUGGUGAGAAGCCCUACCGGUGCGGCGCGUGCGGCCGGGCCUUCGCCUGCCACUCGUCCCUGACGGUGCACGAGAAGCUCCACAGCGGGGACAAGCCCUUCCAGUGCGGCGACUGCCAGAAGGCCUUCAGCAGCCGCUCCCGCCUGACGCUGCACCAGCGUGCCCACACGGGCGAGAAGCCCUUCAAGUGCAGCCAGUGCGGCAAAGCCUUCAGCUGCCACUCGUACCUGGUGGUGCACCAGCGCGUCCACAGUGGCGAGAAGCCCUUCCGCUGCAACGAGUGCGGCAAGGCCUUCAGCUCCCACUCCUACUUGAUUGUGCAUCAGCGCGUCCACACCGGCGAGAAGCCCUUCGACUGCAGCCGCUGCUGGAAGGCCUUCAGCUGCCACUCGUCGCUCAUCGUGCACCAGCGCGUCCACACCGGGGAGAAACCCUAUAAGUGCGGCCAGUGCGGCCGGGCCUUCAGCCAGAAUCACUGUCUCAUUAAACAUCAAAAGACCCACUCCGCGGAGAAGCCCUUUAAGUGUCAUGAGUGCGGCGAGGUGUUCGGCUGGAGCGGCCCCCUGGCAGAGCACCGCAGGCUGCACAGCAGGGAGAAGCCCUUUGCCGUCCAGUUCGACAAGCGCUUGCUGAGCACUUACUGCAUGCCUGGCAGCCUACUGGGUACAGGGGGCUCCGGCGGGAGCAGCGUGGGCCCUGUUGAUGCCCUAGGCGUGGCUGAGCUCCUGGGCGUGGUCCCACCCUUGGCCGGAAAGUUCCCCGUGGGCAGCAACCCCAGAAAUUAACUCAUGUGUGCGAGAGACACCCACCUGCCCACCCGGAAACACCCCUUAAGGCUGUCACCUCCUGGGAAGGGAUCCACCGUAGGAGAGGAGAAUUGAGCGCGUUUGAGGAUGUACUGUCUUCCUGGUUUUUUUUUUUCCGGUCUUUUCUUUGAUGGGUUUGGAAGUCACUGAGGGGGGACAGAUCUUCCCUGCAUAUGAAAAGGAGGUAUGUCAGUCAUGUGUCCUUGGACAGCCUCUUGGUGUGAUUUCGAUCUGGAAUUUCCUUUGUAAACUCUUACGUUUAGAAUGAUAAUUAAAAAAAAAACUGAAUUAUGAACAGUAUUACUUCUAAGUGAACGUUACAUUCCAGGAGAGGAGAAUAAGCUCAGGUGGUAGGCAUUUGGGAAAAAGCGAAUUUCCUGGACUCCCUUCACUCACAUAGCUCUGCUGCAGUCAUGUUGUUAGUCAUGCUGUUAGCACAGCUGUCUUGGAACCUGGCCCAGCAUCCACAUAGCCGGGUCCUAACAUGCCAGCCUCAUGCCUGGCCACCUCGUCCAUGCUGGAAGCUGGAAGGACACAGGGGUGUGCCUCCAGGGUGCAGUGUUGGCACACAGGUGUCUGGAAGCACACCUCCACCCCGGCUGGCAAGGCCACCUGCAGGGCCGCUCAGGUACCACGUAGCUCAGCCCUGUGAGAGGAGCUGGGCCCCGUGCUCCCCGGAGAAGGAAAAAGACGGUGUUCAUCUGGGACUCAUGUCAUUUCUGCUCAGUUCUAAGCAGAUAUAAGCUGCCUUCUCAGUGAUGAUACUUCACAUUUGUAUAAAGUGCUAGAGUUUAUGAAAUGCUUUUUAGUAUACUUUUUAAACUAUGGAGGCAAAAUAACCACUUUACAGAAAAUACAGAAUUAAGGGGAAAAUACCCAUAAUUCUUAAUAAAAUUGCAUUUCGCACUUUGGUACGUUACCUUCUGCUUUUUGAUAUUGCAUUUUUACAUUAAACACGGUGUAUACAGUCAACAUUCUAAUCUUUUUCCCCUGCUUACCUGCAUAGCAGGACUUCUUUUUCCCGCAGAGCCUCACUGUCUUUGGAGCUGUCCUUCUGGAUGGGGGCGUGAUGUUCUAUUAGCUGUUUUUUUGUUGGAUGCAGAAGUUAUUUCCAAGUUUUCACUGUUACAAGUCAUUCUUCAUAUAGCAUCUUUUUGCAUUAUCCUUCUUUAGCGUUGUCUUAGAGUAGAUUUCUAGAAGUGAGAGUUUUGAGAUAAAGGAAAUGAACAGCCUAAGGCAUCGUUUUAGUAUAUUUUUGGUUGUGUGAUAACAAAAGUAAUACCAUCUCAGUGUGAGGAGAACCGACAGUAGUUGUCAGGCGCGUCCAGGUCCCGGAGGCCGACGCUGCUCCGAGCUGGGUCCAGACGGGCUUGCUUCUGGGUGCCACGGCGAUGAUCCCAGGUGUCCGCCCCCAUCGUUCCUCCAGCGUCCUUGGGGCUGGUCUCAGGCCCUUCCUCCAUGACAAAUAGGGAAAGUUCUAUUGGACAACUGCAUUGGCAAAAGAUAGAUAAAAUCUCGGUUUGAUUCAUUUUCAUACUCAUUUUUCCUAUUUUAAAAGAAAUUCAAAUGCAAACAUCUUGGGGGACCCCGGACACCACACCUGCUGUCUGCCUGGCGGGGCUGUUAACGCCCUCAGCUGAGAGCAGCACCUUGCUCUUUGAUAACCGGUGAGGUUGAAAUGGAAUGUGUUCUUAUUGUUGGUCUUCUUGAAAACUGUUUGAAAUACCCUUUGGCCCCCUUCCAUUGAAGUCUCGAUGUUCUUUUAUUUACAUAUAAACUUUGUUUUCUGAUCAUACACGUAAUACAUGUAUAUUGAAGAAAUUUGGGGGAAAAAAUCAAUUUUAUAAGAAUUAAAAUGACCCUUAGAAUCAGUUCACAGGUCAUGACCUGGAGAUGGAUUUCUUUCUGUUUUUUUCCUCUGCGUGUAUACACGUCUUUUUUUUUUUUUACAAAAAAAGUGUAAAGGGCUGUAUUAUAGGCAAAAUUAUUUAAGUCAAUAAAUAAAUUUUUAAGGAA